CCACAUGCAUCCACAUUGAUCGCGUGCAAUGUUUGAAACAAAUGGCGGCCAGUCUUGUUCACAAACUGGCGGUUCGAGAGCAAACUGGUAAAUUAAAAAUACAGAAGAAAUCAUUAUCAUGGAAACCUUUUACCAAAAUCCCUGGCCGACUGUGUUAUCGCCUCAAGUCUCUUGUACCCCAGUUUGUCCUGGAAGAAGGACAUGUAUUCCUAGGUUUUACCAAGUCAGGUCAGUUUGUGUUGUCUUACUCCCUCCAUGUGGAUGCUGAUGAACACACAGCCUACCCUGUCUAUGUCUACAGGCUGCACUGGUGGAGGUUUGUCCCGGAGAGGCCACUGGAACUGGUGUCAGAAGUACGGUUGUUUGGAGAAGAAGAUAUAGUCCAAGAUCUGUUCCUUGCAUUUUGUGAGUGGCCAGAAGAUGACACAAAGGUUCUUGUGUACGGUCAUUGUGUACCUGGUCGAGGGGACGACAGCUGUCAGUGUUAUCUGACAGUCACUGCUGUGCCAUCGCUCAAACGAUGUCAGGAAUGUCGGCUACUCAAGAAAGAGUCCUCAGGUAACCCUGGAACCUGUCUCCAGCACAGCUUCUGUCUUCAUACAAAGUAUGAACUUGCACCUCCGUUCCCUGCCUUCUCACCACGAGUGCAACUUAAAAUAGAUGGCAUCGCCAUCCUCAACACAGGUGACUCCAUAGUUGCCCUACAGGUGGAUGCAACUCACUCACCAAGUAGCUUUAAUCAAACAGACGAUACCCUUCUAGGGGAAACAACCUCAAACACUGAACAUAUGCAAAGUGACUUACAUGACAACUCCUAUAUUGGUGCUGAACUGUCUAUUUUAGAAACUCGGACAUCUAUUUUUACCAUAGAGGAUAGCAACAGCCCACUGUGUCAUGACCAUUCAGGAGGUAUAGGCAGAGUCAACGAAUUUCUGGAGGGUAUGCAGGAAAUUACUGCUGAUGACGAUGAGGAAAAUGUGCAUUCUCCUGAACUGGAGGGUUCUGAUCUCGAGUGUUCUGAGUGCAAGUCAACAAAAAACUGUGAACAUUGUCGCCACAUCCCCAAGGAAACCCGUCAUGGACCAAGUUACCGUCCCGCUCUUAAAGCUAAAAAUUGUACUGGUGAGAGCAACAGUCAACAUUCUGAUUGUAUGAAACCCAUGGGGGCAUGUGGCAAGCUGACCUGUCCUGUGGGAUCUCCUGGGAACCAGUGCUCCCACUCCUAUAGUCCAUUUACUGAUACUAAGUGCCACAGUCCCGAGCAGCCAAUGAGAGCUGGCUGCAGCAGUGCCAACCUGCAUGACUUGGACGAUAUUGUAAAUAAUUGCUCAACAUCCAAGUUGUCUUCCCAACGAUCGUUUUUCUCGCCAAGCAAUAGCGGAGCAAGCACGACAGGCUCAUCCAAGAGUUCUGAAAGUGUGGUUGUACAUACAAAUCAUUCUCGGACUGUUACAUUCUCACUUCGAAAGUACGGGUACACGACUGAAGACUCGUCCGAGUCACCAUUGCCAGUUGAAGAUGACUACGACCUGGCGUACCGCAGUGUGCUUCCUGUGGAAGUGCUGUGGUGUGACAGCAAGCAGCUCUCUAUCAUCAGGUCCAUGAUGCCGGAGAACCCUGCGGUGACAGUGCUUCAGAUGACGUUUGACAUCGAGCACUACAUGGUGGAGGUGAUACACCAGGAGGCAGAGUGGGGCCAGAGAUAUGUGGCCUUCUGUAACUACGACCUGCAGAUACUCGAUGUGUGUCCCGACAGCUUCCGUGUGUUUGGCACAGUUCAUGCUCUCAUACAGGCCAGAGAUCGACUUACCAAACAAAGCAAAGGAGCUGUGAAGUCAUAUCAAACCAGCUUUACAUUUGAGUGGAAUCUGCGCACAGGGAACUACUCAACUCUACAUAUAGAUGAACUGACAGAGAUGAAUGAACAGAUCAUGAGAGGGAAAGAGUGGAAGCCAGGAAGCAAGGAGUGUGGCCAGCUGAGGAGGAAGAGCUACUGCCCUCAGUCGUUCUACAGGAGUGUACAUAUCCUCUCCAACGAAGCUGUCUUCAAAGGCCGUUCCCUUCCCAUGCUGAUAGCUCCAUAUCAAUAUACUGCUAUUUUACUGUGAGAAGGCUACAAGAAUGUGUGUGGAACAAAUGAUGUUGAGGUUCAUGUCAUGUACUUACUGGACAGUUUACAUGUGUAAUAGGUGGAAAUAGGAUGAGUGUGUCACUUCUAUGUGUUGCCAUACAAACAGCUAGUACGUCACAUGGGGACAUGUUCAAUAAUUCACUUGUGUAGUACAGCUGGUAUGUGAAGGAAGUAUGAUUUGUGGUUUAAGUCUGUAUUUUAUUGAAACCUUCUGCAUGUUGAGUAAAGUCGAUUCUGGAUGAACAGUUGUGAAAAUGAAGCAGUUGACUACAAGCAGGUAUUUUAACCGUCUGACUGGUAUUAGGUGUCAUGGGAACAUGUUCAUCCCAACACUGCAAUGGGUUUCUGUGUCAUUGGAGUUGACCGUAGAAAGUAGACUCCAGACCAUGCUGACUUUCUUUUUAUCAUGUGAUUUCUGAGUUGUCAUCACUACUGGAAACAAGCUUACCCAUGACUAAAUGUACAAGGGCAUUAACAUUUCAUCGGAUCUGGUUUACAGGGCACCAUUUCCCAAAGAAAUCAUAGACCUACUGCUAUCAUAAGUCUGUUUUGUAGCACAAAAUUAAAGUUUUAUGAUAAUUAUUAGACUAAUGAACCAACUAUGGGUCAAGAAGUUCAUGAGUCUUCAGAACCCAGGUGAGGAAUUAAAGGUUGUAAGAAAAUACUGCCUGCUGUUGUAAUAGCUGCAUUAUUAUAGUGAUGUAUGUAUGGCGGUGUCUUUAAAUGUAAGGAAAGAACCUUCAGUUGAGUUCAUGAAUGGCUAGUCUGGACUGUGUGAGAUGAAGUGUGGCCUUGAUGAGAUGUGUGUCUCUCCAUCAGGGGAAACAGCAAGAUUGUUGUGAUGAUAUGUUGGUGGAAUAGAACCAGGACUGCAAUGGUACAGGACUUUUAAAGGUUUUUUUAGGGGAGGCCUUAUAUGUUAUCACUGUAUGGGCUACAAGGCCAGACUUUUUCAGAUCUGAUGUACAAAACCUGUAUUACAAUUUACAGUGUCUUUUUAGUUCUGUAGACCAGAAAUUAGUAAAAUGUUUGAACAAAAUUAUCAGUGAACUAUUUGAAAUACUUUAGUAAAACCCUUUUUAAAAUGAAUCUUAAAAUCUUCAAGAUACAACGAUUUAUGAUAAACCAUGAAAGAAAAUAAAUAAAUAUUUUUAGAUUUGAAAAUUACUAUUGUUUUUUCCUGCAUCAUAAAUUCUUGAGCAAAAAUAAUUGAACCCAAAACACAAGAAAUCGGGCUUUAACUGGGUAAGCACUUGCAAUGAUACAGAUUUAUGUGAUACAUAUCAUGAUAUCUGACAGUGUGUUGUGCAUCACAUGACUGCAGCGUAAUGGAAACUCUUUGUGAAUCUUCCCCUUAUAUGUGUUUGAAAUAGCUAAGUUAUCUUCCCAGAAAUGCAGGACUAACCAUGACUUGAUUGAAGGAAAUGAUACGUACUUGCGCCUGGUGCAACCUUAGGUGCUAUCCAUGUUCCACCAGACCGAAACAAGCAACACCACCUGCUGCUCAAUAUGGAAUUAUAUUUAAUGUUUGGGUUUUAGAAGAACAUUGUAACAAAAUUAUUAUCCCCCGCCGCGCGUUUAGCGCGAAGCGGGGGAUAUAGUAUUAGGCUCCGUCCGUCCGUCCGUCCAUACG